AUGGCCGCUGAACAAACAUUGAGGCAGCUUGCUGCUCCUGAUGUUAAUUACAAUGGUUUAUGUAUCGAAUAUGCUGAAGUUGAUGUACCUUUUGAACUAAAAUCUGGUUUAAUACACUUGUUGCCAAGGUUUAAUGGUCUUGCAGGUGAGGACCCGCACAAGCAUUUAAAGGAAUUUCAGGUUGUGUGCUCCACACCAUUGAGGCCCGAAGGUAUCACGGAAGACCACAUCAAGUUGAGAGCCUUUCCAUUCUCGUUACAAGGUGCUGCUAAAGACUGGCUCUACUACCUUGAGCCAAAUUCUGUUUCAACUUGGAAUGAUCUGAAGAAGGUCUUUCUAGAGAGAUACUUUCCCGCUUCUAGAGCAGCAUCAAUCAGAAAAGAAAUAUGCGGGUUGCUACCAAUGGAUCGAAACAUUUUGGAUGCUGCAAGUGGUGGAGCACUUGUUGAUAAAACUCCAGCUGCUGCAAAGGCCUUGAUCGAAAACAUGUCACUCAACUCGCAACAGUUUACAACCAGAAAUAAUUCUGCAAGUGUAAAUGAGAUUCAGUCUUCCUCUUCCUCCAUCAAGGCGCUCGAAACCAAGUUUGAUGCUAGAAUUGAUGAACUUACUUCCUUGGUGAAAAAGUUGGCAGUUAGCAAAGCUCAACCAGCAAAAGUGUGUGCAGCAGCCCUUUACAAUCAAAACAGGUACAACAAUCCUGACCUCUCCACCAACAAAUAUCACCCUAGUUGGAGGAAUCAUCAAAACCUCCAAUAUGGGAAUCAGUCACAAGCUGCAGCCCCUGCUGCCCCACCAGCCACUUCUUCACUGGAAGACCUUGUCAAGCAACUGGCACAACGAACAGAUGCUAGCAUUCAGAACCUGACAACGCAGAUGGGACAAAUGGCCAAUGCAAUAGGCCAACUACAAGCUCAAGGCUCGGGUAACCUUCGUGCACAAACAGUGCCGAAUCCGAAUGUAAAUGUGAGUGCAAUUACUUUGAGAUCCGGAAGAGUGUCAGAACCAGCUCCAGAGAAAAAGAAGAAGAAAACCGUUGCAUCAUCAUCUGCUCCUGAACCUCCUUCUGUUACAAUUGAGACCGAACCCGAAAAAGAAAGAGUAUAUGUGCCACCAAUUCCUUUUCCUCAAAGGGUGCAGAAAAAUAUCAAGAAGACAGUUGAGGAAGACAAGGAGAUUUUAGAUGUAUUCAGAAAAUGUGCGGUUAACAUUCCUCUCCUCGAUGCAAUUAAACAGAUUCCUAAAUAUGCAAAAUUCCUGAAAGACUUGUGCACACACAAGAGGAAGUUGAAGGAAAAUGAGAGAGUCAGUUUGGGACGAAAUGUUUCUGCUUUCAUUCAGCCCAAAACUGGUUCCUCAGCUAAUGUCUCAGUUAUCAGUCAGACCAUGCCAGAAAAGUGUGAUGAUCCAGGAGUUUUUGCUAUUCCCUGUUCCAUUGGGGAUCACAAGUUUGAAAAUUGUAUGCUUGAUCUGGGAGCAGGUAUUAAUGUUAUGCAUACUUCUAUUUAUAAUAACCUUGAUCUUGGUCCUUUGCAGCCUACAGGUUUAAUCGUGCAAUUAGCAAACAGGAGCAAUGCCCGCCCUGCUGGGAAGGUAGAAGAUGUCCUGGUGCAAGUUAAUGACUUGAUUCUUCCUGCAGAUUUCUACAUUCUAGACAUGGAGGGAGAAACUAAUUCCAGCAGGGCACCCAUCAUUCUAGGCCGACCAUUCAUGAGAACGGCAAGAACAAAAGUUGAUGUUUAUGAUGGAACCAUGUCCAUGGAGUUUGGCGACAUUGUCGCUAAGUUUAACAUUUUUUAUGCCAUGAAACAUCCCGUGGAAGAACAUUCUGUUUUUUAUAUGGAUUUAGUUACUAACACUAACCUUUGCUCUGUUUGUGCUAAGAUUGAAUCUUAUUUGCAGGAUAAUAACAUUCAUACAGGUGAAGUUGUUGUCAAUGAGGCAGUCUGUACGGUUAAAGUUCUUGACAUUCCGGCUGCCCCAACCAAACACUCCCAUGAUAAAGAAAAGACUACGCACUUCCAUGAUAAGAUGAUUUCCAAAAAGAAAUUUUCUGUUGGCCAAAAAGUCUUGCUGUUUAAGUCUCGCCUGAAAGAUAUGAAAUUAAAAGUACAGGUACUGGCAAGGUUUUCAAAGCAAAAGGACAGCGGUUGA